CGCCCGGGCCGCCGCCGCCGCCGCCCGCUCGGCAACUUCGCCGGCGCCCUGGUCCCCGCGCCGCCCGCCCCGUCCCGCGCGCCGAGGCCAUGGACGCGGCGGCCUGGCUGCUGCCCCCGCUGCUCCUGCUCUGCGCGCUGCAGCCCCGCGGCACCAGAGCCAUGAACGACGUCGGCGACUACGUCGGUUCCAAUCUGGAGAUCUCCUGGCUCCCCAACCUGGACGGCCUGAUCGAGGGCUACGCCCGGAACUUCCGGCCGGGCAUCGGAGGGCCCCCCGUGAACGUGGCCCUUGCCCUGGAGGUGGCCAGCAUCGACCACAUCUCAGAGGCGAACAUGGAGUACACCAUGACCGUGUUCCUGCACCAGAGCUGGAGGGACAGCAGGCUGUCCUACAACCACACCAACGAGACCCUGGGCCUCGACAGCCGCUUUGUGGACAAGCUCUGGCUGCCCGACACCUUCAUCGUCAACGCCAAGUCCGCCUGGUUCCACGACGUCACGGUGGAGAACAAGCUCAUCCGCUUGCAGCCUGACGGGGUGAUUCUGUACAGCAUCCGAAUCACCUCCACGGUGGCCUGCGACAUGGACCUGGCCAAGUACCCCAUGGACGAGCAGGAGUGCGUGCUGCACCUGGAGAGCUACGGCUACUCCUCCGAGGAUGUUGUCUACUACUGGUCGGAAAACCAGGAGCGGAUCCACGGGCUGGACAAGCUGCAGCUGGCGCAGUUCACCCUCACCAGCUACCACUUCACCACCGAGCUGAUGAACUUCAAGUCGGCCGGCCAGUUCCCGCGGCUCAGCCUGCACUUCUGCCUCCGGAGGAACCGUGGCGUCUACAUCAUCCAGUCGUACAUGCCGUCCGUCCUCCUGGUGGCCAUGUCCUGGGUCUCCUUCUGGAUCAGUCAGGCUGCCGUGCCCGCCAGGGUGUCUCUGGGGAUCACCACGGUGCUGACCAUGACGACGCUGAUGGUCAGUGCCCGCUCGUCCCUCCCGCGGGCGUCGGCCAUCAAGGCGCUGGACGUGUACUUCUGGAUCUGUUACGUCUUCGUGUUUGCGGCGCUGGUGGAAUACGCUUUCGCCCACUUCAACGCAGAUUACAGGAAGAAGCAGAAGGCCAAGGUCAAGGUCACCAAGCGGACGGCCGAGGUCGACGUGAAGCGCGCCAUCGUGCUGUUCUCGCUCUCCGCCGCCGGCGUCAGCCAGGAGCUGGCCGUGUCCAAGCGGCCGGGCCGCGUCCCCGGCAACCUCCUGGGCUCCUACAGGUCGGUGGAGGUGGAGACGGGGGCGACGAGGAAGCCAGCGGGACCCUGCCUGGGGGGCCAGGGGGGCCUCCGAGCGCUUCUCAAGCCCAUCGACGCAGACACCAUCGACAUGUACGCCCGGGCCGUGUUCCCGGUGGCCUUCGCGGCCGUCAACGUCGUCUACUGGGCGGCCUACACCCUGUGAGGCCGGGCCGCACCCGCAGGGGAGCCCUGGAGACGAGCCCCCGGCCCCGGCUGUGUGCCCACUCCCACCCCCACCGAGGGACCCGCCCUGGGCCUCCCCGCGGCCUCUGGCGGAGAAGCCUGGGGUGGCGCAGAGCCCCUUGUCCAGCCCCCGCCCGCGGCGCCCGAGCCCCCGGCUGAGUGAGGCGGAGGCCCCUGGGGAGCGGGGAAUUUUUAGACUCCGACGUGCUCCUGUUUUCGAGGACUUUGCUUCUCUGGAAUCAGGAUCAGAGAGCGGAAGGAGGCCAGGCAGGGCCUUUUGCCUUUUUUAAACUGUGCUCGUUAUCUUCUCGGCGGACGGCGCAGAGCUGCCGGGAGGGCGCCUGGGUCCCCGCAUGGAAUAAAGCCCCCGGCCGGCG